AUCGAAUUGUCAAAAUGAGAAAGAUCAUAAGGCUAAGAGUCGAAGACUACUGGCACAGUAAUCACCUUUGUGAAUCUCACCAAUCACAUGUGAUUCCUGAGGCCUCAAAAUUUCCAGCAAUGAGCCAUCCUGAACAUGAACAACCACAUUUCGUGAAACCUAUCAACCAUCAUGUCAACAACGAUGUCGAACACCAUCCCAGUAGGAAGCAGCGAUGUUGCGUCCAGAAUGGGAGACAUUGCCUCCGCCCCAAGCCCUCAUCUCUCAAAACUGGCUACUCGAUACAGAGGAGCAACAGUAGAAGAUCUCGACCCUCCCUCCGCUCUUUCCUGCUACCCCACAGAUCCCAUUUCCCACGCCCUUCUCUCAGCCUUCGAACGCGAUUACACGCACCUCACCGUCGUCUCUUCCGACACCCGCGCCCUGCUUGGCUACCUCUCCAUCCCACACCUCCGUAUCCUCCUCGACACAGGCAAAGUCCAGGAAUCAGAUGAGGUAUCGAAAGCUAUGGUCAAGUUUAGGAGAAAGGGGAAGGUUUAUAAAGUCAUUACGAUGCAGACGCCGUUGGAGGAGUUGGAGCUGUUUUUCAAUGGUGGUGAGAAUGGGGAGAAUGGCAAGCAGGAGUUUGCGGUUGUUACGGAUGAGAGAAGGAGGUUUGUAUUGGGCGUUGCAACGCGGACAGAUCUAGUAGAAUUCGCCCAAAAGAGACCUGCUUGAGGCAGUUAUGGGGCGGCUAAGGAAGUGAGGAGAUAAUAGAGAGCAAUCUCUUGGAGGGACUGACUGCUGGAGUUUCGGGGCUAGAGGAAACGAAUGGCUUAUUACAUUCCACGGAGAUGUUUAGCAUUGCGUGGAUACGGGUCACAAUGAAUUGGUUCGACGAAUAAGACCCCGACUCUUCCAGAUAUUCCGUCUGGGGAGAGGUUGGAGAAGUACGACCUCGAAGGUGACAUUGGAUUCAAUAGCUGCCAUUUGAGCAAGUGCC